AUGUCGUCUCUCGAGGCAAAGAUCGUCGUCCUCGGCUCCCAAAAUGUCGGCAAGACGAGCCUCGUCAUGCGCUAUUGCAAGGGCGCCUUCAACCCGGCCCAGACAACAUCCACCGUCGGCGCGAGCUUCAUGACCAAGCGCGUCGUCGAUAGCGAUACCGACACCGUGGUGCGGCUACAGAUCUGGGAUACCGCCGGCCAAGAACGCUUCCGCUCCAUCUCCCGCCUCUACUACCGUGGCGCCAACGCCUGCAUUCUCUGCUACUCCAUCACAGACGCCCAGUCCUUUACCGAAAUGGGCGUCUGGCUCACCGAGCUCCGCCGCAACCUACCCGGCGACGUCGUCCUCCACGUCGUCGGCACGAAAGCAGACAUCGUCGCCCGCGACCCCUCCCGCCGCGAAGUCCCCUUUGAGCGCUGCAUAGCCUACGUCGCAGAAAACCUCGCUCCCGGCCUGGCCUCGACACCGCCCCCGACGGCGACCUCCAGCGGCAUGCCCUCCCUUCUCUCCUCCUCCGACCCGCGCCAGUCCUCCUCGCAGGUCCACCAGAGCACGAGCACAUUCGGCGGCGGCGGACCAAGCGGAGGCGAGCCGCGCAGCCCGUCCUCGAAACGCAGUUCCGGGUUCUGGGGCCAGGAGGUCGGCUGGGACGCGUGCCACGAGAUCAGCGCUGAGAGCGGCGAGGGUGUGGAGGAGGUGUUCCGCGUCGUGACGAGGAAGCUCGUCGAGCAGAACCGCAAGAUGCAGCAGGCGCUGUUGCUGGCUACGGCUACGCCUGGUACGCCCGGGUACGAGACGGGCAUGGACGGCGGGUACUUUGACGGUAUGAAUCCCAGGGGCAGCUUCCGGGUCGGACGGGACCGGCGGAGCUGGCUGUUUUCGCCAAACUUUUCGCCUGCUGUUACGGUUGAGCAGGGUGGGACGGAGCAGGACGCCGAUGAGGGUGCUGGGAAAUCACGGAGGAAGUGUUGUUGA